AGAAAAGAAAAACAACAUAAAUGAGUCUUUUGAGGAGAGGAGGACAACAAUAAGGAGUCUUUUGGACACUUUUCAUGGGAAAGGACUCUCCUGAAGCCACUUCGGCGUAUUUUGGAUUUGGGUGUGUGUAGUGGUAGUAGUAUUGUGUUUGCUCCUUAGAGUGGAGCUCUGUGUGUGUGUGUGAGUGUGAGUGUGUGUGUGUGUAUGUGUGUGUGUGUGUGUGUGUGUGUGUGUGUGAGUAUACAAGUUUAAGAGCAUGUGCUCUCAUGUUGGUUUGCUGCAGCUGUUGAGCCGGUUCAGCCAGUGGUUGUGGUCGUUCUGAUUCUGCUUUUGAAAGCUGGGUUAGAGUAGUGUGAGUGCCUGUGUGUGUGAGAGUAGACUUGUGUCUUAGUGUGUGUGUGUGUGUGUGUGUGUGUGGUUUUGGAGACGCGCUUGGAAAGCGCAGACUAGGGAAGAUGCCUGCCAUUCUGGUCGCCUCGAAGAUGAAGUCGGAACUGCCCAAGCCAGUGCACAAUGCCCUUCCCAUUCCUCAGCACCCGUCCAAGACGGGCACGCUACCCGCCGCCGGCAAGCUGAAGGCUACUCUGGGCAGCCAGAGUGCCCACAGGACCCUCCAGCGGAACCAGAGCCUUGGCACGGCCACCACAGGCACCCCGGCGAAGAAGACCCCCGCAUCCAAAGGCAGCUCCACGGACCCUCAGAUUUACACAGACUGGGCGAACCACUACUUGGCUAAAUCGGGCCACCAGCGCCUCAUAAAGGACCUACAGCAGGAUGUGGCAGACGGAGUACUGCUGGCUGAGAUCAUCCAGGUCGUGGCAAAUGAGAAGAUUCAAGACAUCAAUGGAUAUCCGCAGAGUCGCUCUCAAAUGAUUGGAAACAUUGAGGCUUGUCUGGGUUUUCUGGAUGACAAAGGGGUGAACAUUAAGGGGCUGUGUGCAGAAGAGAUCCGUAAUGGGAAUCUGAAGGCCAUCCUCGGCCUGUUCUUUAGCUUGUCGCGCUAUAAGCAGCAGCAGAACCAGACUCCAAAGCCCACCGCUCAGACCCAGCGGCCUCACAGCCCUGCCCAGCCGCCUCUCGCCAAUGCUGGGCAGACUCCGCAGGGGAGCCCCUGCCCCGUCCAUAGCCACCAGGGCUCCGCCAGCCCUGCUCUGAAAGCUCACACAGACAUGACAUCCAGUCGUUCAUCCAAGGAUUCCACUCAGACUAAGAGGCCCAAGCUCUCUGUUGCUCAGAAAAAGACCUCUAGGCUGCCUGGGCUAUCAGCGCGCGCUGGAGAGGGGAAGCUGCGUGGAGCCAGUGGAGUGGGCAGCCGACGCAGCCAGAGCUUCAAUCACUGUGACAAGGCCAGGCCCCCCCUCAGCACCCACACCCCCACCAGCAGCCAUGACAGAGAGAGAGUUGCUGCGCUGUCUCCAUCGAUGGCCGACUGCGGGCCGGUCCGCACCUCCAGUCCUCAGCCCAGUGGUGGCGGCGGCAGUGGCAAACCGUGGCGGAGCAAGUCCCUGAACGCCAAGCACAGCUCCACGUCCCCCAUGCUCUCGGUCAAGCAGCCGGGCAGCGGCGCCCUGGACGCGCCUCCCAAAGUCAUCGCCCAGAAGUCCAUGCUGGAGAAGCUCAAGCUCUUCAACAACAAAGGCGGCUCCAAGGCCUACCCCACUGGUGGUGGUGGUGGUGGUGGCAGCGCUGGUUGGCUCCAGCAGGGGGCGCCAGAGCUGGAUGCAGUCGAGACGGACACCCGGCCGGGGACCCCGGGGAGCGUGUGCAGCAGCCAGCCGGACGAGGUGGACGGCGAGCACCAGAGGCCCUCCAGCCGGAGCGCUGACACCAGCCCCAAGCUGGCGCUGAGGGGCAUUGCCCAGCGCACGCUCAGCCGAGCCCUCACGCCCAAGAAGAGCGCCCUGAAGAAGGACACAGAGAAGGAGAAGGAGAGGACCAGGGCCAGGGAGGGCUCUUUGGCCCCUGACCAGCACCUCAGGGAGCUGAAGUGUCCGGAUUCGGCCACUUCAACCCCCGAGCUGAAGAAGAGCUCUUCCCUCCCCAAAGGCAGCAAGGCGAGCAGCAGUGCCAAGAAGGAGAGCUUGUCUCUAGCCCGCAGUGGCAUCCCCAAGCCAGGGGCUAAAGGCGCCAACACGGGACGUGGCUCAGUGGCGCCCUCCUGUGGCAAAGACGGGGAAAAAGGCCACGGUGCUAAGCCCAGCGCAGGGCUGUCAGUGCACAAGGGGCAGCCAGACAGCAGGACCUCCUCCUCUUCCAGUCUGGCGUCCUCGGAGGGCAGGGCUUCACAGACCAUCACCGUCAGCAGCUGUGGCCCCCUGGUGGCCAACACUGGUGCUACACAAGCGUCUACAGUCGGCGUGGAGCUACCUCAUCCCCAGCAGCACCACUGCCACCCCAACACUGCCACAGUGGCCCCCUUCAUGUACAGAUCCCAGACUGAUAUCGACAAGUCAGACUCAUUGGCCGAGACAGAGGGGUUUCCAGAGCCCCUGGUCCUCUGCAAGUCACUCCACACGUCUCUGGAAUACCUCGCAGGUGAGGACCCUGAAGCCAGGCGCCUGCGGACAGUGAAGAACAUUGCUGAUCUGCGGCAGAACCUGGAGGAGACCAUGUUCAGCCUCAGAGGAACUCAGAUCAGUCACAGCACCCUGGAGACGACCUUUGACAGCAGCGUGACCACAGAGGUCAGCGGGCGAGGUGGCGUGCUGGGCAGCCGGCCUGCCUCCGCGCUGCCAUGGCGACAGGGCUCGUCCAGUCCCCGGCUGCAAGCGGGCGACGCCCCCUCCAUCGGCCCACGUACCGGUGGCAACGCCACGCGAUUUAGCGGCGGCGGCGGAAACAGUGGCCGCUAUCAGCUCCACCACCGACAGACCAGCACCACCGUCGCCGGCGGCAACCCGCACCUGCCGGACAUGGCCGAGGAGGAACUGGACGCCUUCGCCGUGGAGACAGCUGGCUACAUGAGUGACGGUGACAUCCUGAGCAAACCUGUGAGCCGGAUCGACACCAUCAGCACCAGCGGCUACAUGACGGACGGCGGGCUAGGCAUGUACACGCGGCGGUUGAACCGGCUGCCGGAGGGAGGCAUGGCUGUGGUCCGGGAGAACGUGCACCGUAGCGGAGCGAGCCAGGCUGACACGGACAGUUGGGAUGAUAGCAGCUCGGUGAGCAGUGGCAUCAGCGAUACGCUGGACACAGAUGAGCUCAACACCAGCUCCUCCGUCAGCUCCUACGUCAACACACCCUCCGCCCCGCGCAAGGCCAUAGGCCAGCAGCCCCAGACGGACGCGGAGAAGCACUCGGCGGCCGAGCUCAGCGGUGGCGCGUGGUCCGGUGACGAGGCCAAGUGCUGCCCGGACGGCGGCUCCAAGAUGGAUGGCGGCUCUGGCAAGUGGUGCCGCCACCCCUCCGACAUCUCGGACGAGUCGGACAAGAGCUCGUCGAGUCGCAAGGUGGCGGCUGCAACGGCGGCAGCCACAACAAUGACGGCGAUGCCCACGAGCAUCUCUCACACGGGUUCCUGGAGACGGGGCAUGACAGCGCAAGUGGGCGUGACAGCGCCACGGACGAAAGGACCCACGUCAACAAGCGGUGGCACGCGGAGUCACAGCACAGGUAAGACGGAUGAUGCCAAGGUGUCAGAGAAGGGCUGCCUCCCUCCACGCUCCAACGGCCACCAGUCCUCAGACGCCGGCCGGGACGACACCAGGAAGCCUCCCCUCUCCGCCUCCUCCUCCUCCUCCUCUUCCUCCCGAGCCUCCCAGACGUCCUGCUCCCCCGGCAACCCCACCACCACCUUCGGCUUCAAGAAGCAGACGGCCAUCUUCAGCGGAUCGGCCACCCUGGGGAAGAUGCCCAAGUCCAUGGGGCCGCUCCAGAGUGGCCGCACCGCGGGCCUGUGCCGGCAGAGCAGCGUGGACGACGCCUACCUGCCCAUCGGCAGCCACGGCGGCUCCCUCGGGGUCACCCGGGGGUCACUGCAGUACCGCAGCCUCCCCCGGCCCAGCCGCUCGUCCGCGCGCUCCGUCGCCACCGGCUCGGACGCCAGCCUCAGGACGGCCACGCUGCCCAAAGGCCGCAGUGUCAGCGGCAAGGCCGCAGGCGCAACUCUCCCUCUGACCGCUAACGGCGUAGCUGGAAGCAGCAACCAGACGGACCGGGAGAAGGGUUCGGAGGUGGACGCCGUGAAGACGGGGCUACAGGCAGGAAGUGGACGGCAGGCUGGAGGGAAGUACAGUGAGAUGUCCUCCCCCACUCUGCGCAGGUUGUUCGGAGGCAAGCCCAGCAAGCAGGCAUCUCUCUCCAGCGCCGAGAGUGCCAAAAACGCCACGGUCAUCUCCAACCCCCUCGCCACCUCUGGCCAGCAAAACGGCCCCGGAGGAUGCUCCGCUGCCACCACCGCCACUGCCGCUGUCGACUCAACCUGGAGCUCCACGCUGGCCUACCCUGUGGCGCAGGGCAAUGGCAGUGGCAGCGAGGGGACGGAGGGGGCCCUGCUCAGGGAGGAGGUGCUGGCUGCCUGCCUGCACACCUCUGGAGGGAUGGUCAAAGCCGGCCUGGCCGCCAGGUAUGCUCACCUGCCCCAGCUGCGCAGCCAGGAGGAGUCGCGGGAUUGGCUGCGCUCGCACUCAGCGGGCGGUCUGCAGGAAUCAGCGGCCGGCGCCCACCCCUUCUCCCCCGGCCUCAUGUCCCCAUCCGGCACGACUCGCUUCAACUUCGCCCAGCUGGCAGGCAGUCAGCCCACUGCUGCUCAUGUCAACAUGUCCACCCUGCGCACCACCAACGGUCUAGCCAAUCAGGACGGGCCCUGUGUUGACCCUUACAGUGACCCACGCCUGCGCAACUCGUCGAUGUCGCUGGAGGAGAAGGGUCGCACCAUGAGCAACUCCGGAUCCUUCAGGGACGGCCUGGAAGAAGUUCAUGGCUCCUCACUGUCGCUGGUGUCCAGCACGUCCUCAGUUUACUCCACGCCUGAAGAGAAAUCACAUUCAGAGAUUCGCAAGCUUAGGAGGGAGUUGGAUUCCUCCCAGGAGAAGGUGUCUGCCCUUACCACUCAGCUGACGGCUAACGCUCACCUAGUGGCUGCGUUUGAGCAGAGCUUGGGGAAUAUGACCAUCCGGCUGCAGAGUCUGACCAUGACGGCAGAACAGAAGGACUCGGAGCUUAAUGAGCUGAGGAAGACCAUUGAGCUGCUGAAGAAGCAGAACACAGCAGCCCAGGAGGCCAUCAGCUGUGUCAUCAACACGCCUGACCUCAACUGCAAAGGUCCUUCAAACUCAGCCAGUGGAUCUCCGCAGUUGCAGCCUCCACCGCACGUGCCGUCACAGUCUCAGCCACAGCUCCAGCUGCAGCCCCAGACGCAGGCCCAGAUGCAGACGCAGACGCAAACGCAGGCGGACCUGCGCAUCCACAGACAGCACUCAUCUGACAGUGUGUCCAGCAUCGCCAGCGCCACAAGCCACUCCAGCGUGGGCAGCACCCUGGAGCUGGACGCCAAGAACAAGAAGAAGAGGAAGAACUGGCUACGAAGCUCUUUCAAACAGGCCUUCACCAAGAAGAAGUCACCCAAAUCCGCAUCGUCCCACUCCGACAUCGAGGAAAUGACCGACUCCUCGCAGCCUUCUUCCCCCAAACUGCCCCACAACGGACCCACCUCUUCCGCCCCCAUGCUCCGGACCUCUCACUCCAACUCUCUCCCUGUCCUCACCCCCCUGCCUGCUCGAACGCGAGGCUGGGGCAGUAACAGUGCUCUCAUGAGGACAGGCUCUCUGGCUCGGAUCUCCGAGUGCGUGGACACUGACGCCGAGACGGUCAUGCAGCUGCGCAGUGAGCUGCGGGACAAAGAGAUGAAACUGACCGAUAUCCGCCUGGAGGCCCUGAGCUCCGCUCACCAGCUUGACCAGCUGAGAGAGUCCAUGAACAACAUGCAGGGUGAGAUAGAGAAGCUGAAGUCGGAGAAUGACCGUUUGAAGAUGGAGUCUCAGGGCAGCUUCAGCAGAGCCACGUCCCAGUCGUCCUCCCUCAGUCCCUCUCUGCCAGCGCUCUCCUCCCAGCAGAGCCUCAGCCUCAGCGAGUCCACCAGCCUCGACAUGUUACUGGAGGACUGUGGAGAUGGAGGCUCUAGGAAAGAGGGCCGGCGUGUGAAGAUCGUAGUGAGUUUGGAGGACGAGGCCAAAUGGAAAGAGGAUGGUAGCCCUCGUCAGUUCCUGAUCGGCUCUAUCGGUGUCAGUGGGAAAACUAAAUGGGAUGUGCUAGAUGGCGUGGUCAGACGUCUCUUUAAGGAGUGCAUCAUCCAUGUUGACCCGGUGAGCCAGCUGGGUCUGAACUCUGACAGUGUUGUGGGCUACAGUAUCGGGGAGGUGCACCGCACCAGCGGAGCAGAAACGCCCGAGCUGCUGCCUUGUGGGUACCUGGUGGGGGAUAGUGACACCAUCGCUGUCAAGCUUAAAGGUGUGCGCGAGAGCAGCACGGACAGCCUGGUGUUUGAGACGCUCAUCCCCAAGGCCAUGCUGCAGCGCUACGUGUCGCAACUGCAGGAGCACCGACGCAUCAUCCUCUCCGGCCCCAGCGGCACCGGCAAGAGCUUCCUGGCCAGCCGGCUGGCCAAGCAUAUGGUGCUGCGCGAGGGACGGCCACUCACCGAUGGAGCCAUCGCCACCUUCAACGUGGACCACAAGUCCAGCAAGGAGCUUCGUCAGUACCUGUCUCACCUGGUGGACCAGUGCAGCAGCGGCAGCGUGAGUGUCCAGGCUGAGGACAGGCCCCUGGUGCUCAUCCUGGACAACCUGCACCACCUCAGCUCCCUGGGGGAGAUCUUCAACGGCCUGCUCAGCGCAAAGCACCACUACUGCCCUUACAUCAUCGGUACCAUGAAUCAGGCCAACGCUUCCACCCCCAACCUGCAGCUUCAUCAUAAUUUCAGGUGGGUUCUGUGUGCCAACCACACCGAGCCGCUGAAGGGCUUCCUGGGACGUUUCCUCCGUCGGAAGCUUCUGGAGACGGAGAUCAGCAGCCGCACGCGGACUGCGGAGUUGGUGCGCGUGGUGGAGUGGCUGCCCUGCAUGUGGCACCACCUCAACCGCUUCCUGGAGGCACACAGCUCCUCCGACGUCACCAUCGGGCCACGGCUCUUCCUCUCCUGCCCCAUGGAUGUGGAGGGGGCGCGGGUGUGGUUCACAGACCUGUGGAACUACUCCAUCAUCCCCUACAUGCUGGAAGCAGUCAGAGAAGGACUACAGCUGUAUGGGCGCAGGGCCGCCUGGGAGGACCCUGCCAAGUGGGUGAUGGAGAGCUUCCCGUGGGCGGCGAGCCCUCAGCAGCACGAGUGGCCGCCGCUCCUGCAGCUGCGGCCCGAGGACGUGGGAUUUGACGGCUACUCGCUGGCCCGUGAGGGCGGCCACAGCAAGCAGGACACUCAGGGAGAGGCCGAGAGCGACCCUCUAAUGAACAUGCUGAUGAGACUGAAGGAGGCGGCUCAUUCCACAGGCCCUCAGAGCUGCGACAGCGACUCCAACAGCAACAGUCACCAAGACAAAGUGAUCGACUCGUCACUGGAGUCUACACUGUGAUGUCCAGACAGCCUGUUCUCAGCAGUGAAAAACUGCACUCAGCAACUGAAAAAAUACUAAAUAUCAAGCAAUAAGAGACUUGCUUCUUUCUCUUCCUGAAAGGACUACAGGUAAAGCAGAGAUUUUGGGAGGGACGGUGAAGCACAAAACAGUAAAAGCAAAUUAAAGUGACACAACUAUGAGGAAUUUCAGUGUUUGCUCUGGGAAGUUCACAUCAUGUUACAUGUUUUUUUUUUUUUUGGUGAACAACACUUAAUGUGAACUGUGAACGCAACGUUUCAACAGAAAACCAGAGUCAUUAAAACUCCAACCUGUAAGUGUUAAUGCAGGUUAUAGUAACAUUUACAUCACGAAAUUAUGUGGGCCCCACUGUGACAACUUUUCAUUUUUAUCUGUCCCGUUUCAAUCAAUACACUUUUGUUUCAUCUUUUUUCAUUAACGCAUGUCUACAGUCUUUGGACAUGCCUAUUUCACCUGCAGAGUAUGCAGUGAAACACUCUGGCAAACCCCACACACAGAGUAACUGCUACCUUCAGCUCACCCUGUGUUGCUCAGUCAUCGGACCAGUUAAGAUGCAGUGACAUCACAGUCUUUAGAUUCAUACUUCUACAGCCUUUUGAACUUUGUAUGCACAUUGUACGCACAUUUUCACGAAACUGAAAUUGAACUGCAUCGGUCUGUUGGCCCCUGCUCCCUGAGCCGGGUGCACUGAACAACCACCCUGUUGUUGUCUGCAUCUACUCGCGAUGCCUUAGUGCUUGUCUAGCAGAAACGAGAGCACCUGUUCACGUCCAUGUGAACGUAGUUACAGGGCUGUACACGCUAGUGCCUCAGCAGUGCUCUGGUGUAGGUAAAGGAUAAAAAUAGAGACAUACCUUGAGCCCCUCUGGUGCUGAAGUGGAGGACUUCCCUGGUCAACUCCAGCUGGGUGAUCGGGACCUUGAUCAUGUUGUUUGCAGUCUGACUGAGGUGUUGAAUCACACUGACGUAGUAAAAGUUUUUUUUUUUUUUUUGUAUGGAAACAAGCACACCUAUCGGAGCUGAACCCAGGGCAAGGCACAGAGAGAGCCUUGUGGCGUUGUAGGUGGUCAGAUUUCUGAACAGCUUUGUCUAACGCGAGAGUGCGUUUAUCCCAAGUGCUGACUGAAGAGCUGAAAGCACCACUGGUUUUGUGAGCUGGAGAAGUUCCUGAGACUUUAGAAGCACUUUUGGGGGAUCUGCACAUGUUGUUCCCAGCUCUCCUUUGAACUGAACUGCUGGCGUGCCUAGUAGUUCCCUUGGAAGACUUAGCGCAGUCCCCAUUUGCAUUAAGUAUAAAUGGAGUCCUCAGUGUUGCUUUAGUGAGAGUGACUGCACUUUAUUCCCUCAGCAGAUGAAGUGUCUUAAGAUCCAAUUUCACUCAUAUUACGCCCCUUUGAAUUCAUUCACAGAGUCUCCGUGGGUUGUUUUAUUGUUGUUAUUUUGAGUGCUAUAUAUCUAUCUGAUAAAGAAAUCUAUGCAACACCCAUUCUCCUUUUUUUUAAUUUUAUUUGGACUGAAACCAAACAGGUACCCCGCAGUUUUAGGAACUGCUAGUGUUUGUUGUGCCGAAAGUUCAUUGACAUGUGAAUUCUCCCUAACUCUUUUCUUUGAGGUUUUUUGUUUAUUUUGUUUAUGUUUUUCUUUAUUUGUGUUGUUGUGUUGGACUACCAUAUCUUUGUGUUUAAGAAUGUUAAGGUUCAUUUAAUAAAAAAUACGAGGGAGGAGUUGUUGACCACAUUGUUAAGAUGUUUGAAAAGUUGUGUUUGGGAAUUGAAUCAUUAAUUGUGUAGUGCAAUUUGUUUUUGUAAAUUUUUCUUGUAUUUGUAACAUACGUUUGUAAAUAUCUGAUUUCAGAUCUACAUUUUGAGAACUUUUUUCUAACAACUUUUAAGAGAGGUAGGCCAUGUUUUAUGUACAGUGCUCAACAGUAAGGUUGUAGAUUUUCAGUCACAGUCUGUAAAUUCCAUGGCAAUAAAUAUUAUCACUGUUGGAA